AUGGCACGCAUCCACAGUACUGCCGCCACUGCGACGGCAAUCAUUGCUGGCGUCUCUGCAAUCAACAAUGGCCUGGCCGUAACGCCACCAAUGGGUUGGAACAACUGGAAUGCCUUUGGUUGCGAUGUUUCGGAAGAGCUUCUCCUCACCACUUCCGAUCAAAUCUUGGGUCUGGGUCUGCGAGACCUCGGCUACGACUACGUCGUCCUCGACGACUGUUGGCAGGAUGUCAACGGCAGAGACAAGAAUGGAAAGCUCCAACCUGAGCUCAGCAAAUUUCCAAAUGGCCUGAGGUCCAUAUCAGACCACCUUCAUUCCCAGGGCUUCAAGUAUGGAAUGUACAGCAGUGCUGGGGAGAUGACCUGCGCCCGGUUCGCUGGCUCACUUGAUCAUGAAGUUGAUGAUGCCAACAGCUUCGCAGAAUGGGGCGUAGAUAUGUUGAAGUAUGAUUCGUGCUAUCACAUGGGUCGCGUUGGUACGCCAUCCGUGUCUUUCAAUCGCUUCAAAACCAUGUCAGAUGCGCUGCGAGCCACCGGAAGCAACAUUUUGCUUAACCUCUGCAAUUGGGGUGAGGACCUUGUCCAUACUUGGGGAAUGUCCAUUUCCAACUCUUGGCGCGUAACGGGCGACAUCUACGACUCCUUUACUCGUCCUGACGACUUAUGUGGCUGCAACCAAGUCUCUCCAGGUGACGUGAAUUGUAUCGCUCCGGGUACACAUUGCUCUGUUCUUUUCAUUGUCAACAAAGUCGCACCAUUUGCCGACCGUAGUAUUCCCGGAGGCUGGAGUGAUCUGGACAUGCUUGAGGUCGGACAAGGCGGCAUGACUGACGAAGAAUACAAAGCUCAUUUUGCACUCUGGGCGGGAUUGAAAUCUCCGCUCUUCCUUGGGAACGACUUGCGAGAUAUGCCAGCCAAGGCCUUCACCAUCAUCAACAACCCAGCCAUCAUCGCAUUGAGCCAGGAUCCACAUGGACGAUCCAUGACCCGCGUACGACGCGACACUGAUGUCGCGAAGGACGAAUGGGGCGUUGGUGAAACUCACGUCUGGGCCGGUCAUCUCCAGAAUGGUGACCAGGCCGUGAUCAUGGUCAACUUUGGCGGCCAAGACGCUGAUAUGGAAGUUUCCCUUGCCGAGAUCUUUAUACCAUUCGGACCCGGGGGCGCAGCACCACACAACAAAUUUGACUGGGCUGUCCACGACCUUUGGGCUCACCGUAUGCCGGAAUCUACGGCCGAGUCUGUUCUUGCCGCACCCUCGGUGGCUGAACGCGCCGCCUUAUUGAAGAAGGCCAAUUGGUAUAAUGCAACCGAAAUCCCUUAUGCACAGGGUCUUCGAGACGAGGAUCCCCGAUUAUUUGGUGAGAAGGUGGGAGUGGUGAAGGCGGGCGGCGUACUGAAACAGAAGGUGAAGAGUCAUGCUGCGACUGUUCUCAGAUUGAGACGGAUUGCCAAAGAUGGGGAGAAAUUCAAGGGGAAGAGCAUUGAUCGUGUUGCUAAGGAUGAGCUAUGA